UCAAAAAUUUAUUCCUCGAACGCGAAGGCUGUAUUCGGAUUUGGGAAAGUACCUCCAGCCACAACUAUGGCGACUGCUAAAAGCUGAGAAUUGUUCUGCUUACAAACAAUACGGUUUUGUGAUAUAUGAACUAUUUUGUCUAGUCGAUUUCGCAAGUCUGCUAUCGAAAAAAAUCAUGAGUGAUUCUCACGAAAAUACAUAUUUUAAAGAUUGUUUUGCCGAAUUUAAUGAGUACAGGAAAGCUGGUCUAUAUUGUGAUUUUACGAUCAAAGUUGGUUCAGAAAAAUUCCGAGUGCAUAAGAUUAUUUUGUCUACUGCAACUGAUUAUUUCAAAUUAAUGUUUCGACAUGAGACUGUUGAGACUCUGUCAGGAGAAGUUGAUAUCCAGGGCUUCAGUGCGGAUACUAUUGAGAAAGUUAUCGAGUAUAUGUAUACUUCCAAAUUCCCCAUUGAUGAGACAUCUGAUAUCGCAUCAUAUAUGCAAUCUUCUCAUAUGUUCCAACUGAAAAAAUUAUGUGGUAUUGUCACUGAAUAUCUGGAACAGAAUUUGGGUCCCAAAUCUUACUUCAUCACCAUAAAUAUCUCGAAGUUGUACGAUCUGAAACAACUCGAAGCCAAAUGUGAUAAAAUUGCUUCCAACAACUUUGCAAAAAUUGCAGAACUGGAUGAAUUCAAGAAAAUAGAUGAAAAACAGUUGGUGGGAAUGAUCAAAGCCAAGGAUAACACGGCAACUGAAGAGGAAAAAUGCUUAGCCUUGAUGAAUUGGACAAAAUUUGAAGAGAAGAAACGUUCAAAGCGGUUUGUCAAAUCUUUCAAGCAACUGGAUUUGACCAAGAUAUCACUUUCAUAUCGCAGAAAUCUUCUAGAGCAAGAUAGUCUUAUUGCUGCAAAUACAGAAACUUUACGAAUCGUAGCAUUGUCAUUCAUUGAUGAUAAGACUGCUUCAUCGAGCUCUUCUGCAUCUAGUUCUUUGGCAUCAAGUUCUUCUGCAUCAGCUUUGGAAGAUGACGCAUUGGUCGUUUUUGAUAGGACCUCUUUCCAUCUCAAACAGUUCAAUCCAAGGUCAAAUGAAUGGAAGCAAAUGCAGAAAAUGAAUGAAGAUAUAACGAAAUGGAAAUUCUCUGCUAUUGCAAUGAAUCAGCAUAUUUAUGUCAUAGUUAGAAGAACUUCAUUCUAUCGACUCAAAUAUGUCGAUGUUAAUGCUACAUGGGAGGAAUUGAAGAGUCCGUUGGAAAAUCAUGGCAAUUACCCACCAAUGACUUUGGUUGAUGGUGAGAUCUGGAUUGUUGGUGGAUGUGGUCUAUCUAGCACAACAACAGUGGAAAAGUAUGAUUCUCUGAGAAACCAGUGGACAAAGAUGAAGAGCAAGAAUGUUGAAUGUAAUGGUCCUGCAGUCAUCUGCAUGCAAGGGAGCAUUUAUAGUUUGGGAGGACAAGAAGGAUUAAGUUCAACCAACAAAGCAGAAUGCUUCAAUCUAAAUACGUCAACAUGGAGUUUCAUUUCACCAAUGCUGAAUGCAAGAAAAGCACCUGCUGCUGUUGAAUUCCAGAAUCGACUUUAUGUGCUUGGUGGACGGGAUAGGGGGCAGGAUCUGAAAACUGUUGAAGCAUACGAUCCAUCAUCCAAUUCCUGGACCAUGUUUGCACCGAUGAUAAUUGCUCGAUUUCAUCUCAAAAGCUUUGUUUUCAACGGGAACAUUUAUGCAGUUGGUGGAUUCAAUUCAAGGAAAACCAUGGAGAAAUACGAUUCCGAAAAGAAAACCUGGGUGAUGGUUGACAUUCCUAAAGAUAUGAACCUCGAUAUAAUGGGGUCAGUGAAUAUAAAAGCCAUGUGAAUAUUCGUAGCAACUAUAUUGACUUUCAAACGUUCCACAGCUCCUAAUUCUUCACUUCAAUCACUAUGACUUAUCAUUUUUAUAUUUUGUAUUUUGCUGGUCAUUCAAAUAUUCUUUCUGUUGAAAUUUUAAUUUCAAAUCAGUCCUUGAAUAUCGCAAAAAAUAUUAAAUUACUAUUUCUGCAUAGCGAGGGAGAAAAAACAGAGUUCCAAAGUAAGAAAGGGACGAAUCGAACGAAAAAGGUUAGGAAUCCCUGGACUAGGCUAAGGGCUACUCGGUUUGCAAUAUUUUACACUUGGGCUCUAUUUUUAAUUACUGGGAUAAAUAUAAAAAUCUAAUUUUACAUACCCUGAUUUUUUUUUUUAAUUCCUGAUAUAAUGAAACCCAUUCAAUUUGCGGAAAUAGUUUUUUUUUUAUUCUCUGAUUUUUGUUUCCACCGUUUGUUAGAUUUCUUGUGUGUAUUCUGUUUACUUCUACAAUAACAAUCAAUCUUAUUCGUGGGAGUCCCCCAUACUUAUAUAGAAAAAAAUUUCUAGUUCGACAUGGUCUGAAUUAACUUCAAGUUAAAUUAAAUGGGUUAGUUUGUAAAAAUUCUCAUAUAAUAUUGUUGUUGUUGCGAUAUCAUUCAGUCUAAGAUUAUAAUACGCCAGUAAUAUAGAAUUUCAACAUCAGUCCCAUAUCAUCUGAAUUACUUUCCAUGAAUGCAAGUAUUCCUAUAUGCCUAUAAUGAAGUUAUAGAUACUACACCUAAAUUUAUGUCCAUCCUUGAAAUAGUUGUCUUAAUUAAAAUUUAAUGGCUUUAUUCUCAAAUAUGCAUUUUCUGUUGUCGAAAGCAAUGAGUUAUAUGUUAAAGUUGAAUAGAUUUUCUAAGGCAAUUCUCGUAUAGACAGUCAAUUUAAAUUGAAUUAAUUUUUUUAUUCGAAAAAACGUUUUUAAAUUUUUCAUCGAUGCCGUAUCAGUGAAAUACAAAUGUUCCCUCUGCUACUAUUCUAAUCUGAAUACCGGUGCUUCAAGUUAUAAUUUUUGAAUUAAUAGGACUGCCAAUCAAGAUUCAUGAAAAGACAUGUUUUCGAAAUAAUUUCAAAUCUCUCUCGCCUACAUGAAAAAUGGUAGAAAUUGUGCCAGGAUUUGUAUGCAAUAUAGAAACGAUUGCCUCUU